GUAUUGAAAUACACUUGUAGGAAUGGCGGCCUAUUCUUUCAACAGCUUCUCCUCCUUGUUUUUUCUCUUGCCAUUGUUUCUCUCCAUUAGCCUCUCAACAAGUGAUUUGAUCAGUGAAAUUUGCUCCAAAACUCAAAACCCGUCGCUAUGUUUACAGGCCUUGAGAUCCGAUCGUCGUUCCGCCCGAGCAGACCUCAAAGGCCUUGCCCUAAUCUCAAUUGACAUAGCACAAUCAAAUGCCAAACAAACUGCCAACCGGCUCAUCCCUGCGCUUUCCAGGGGAGCCACCAGCCCUAAAUUGAAAGCGCGAUACGAUACGUGCGCUGAAAAUUACGCAGACACCAUUGACAACCUUAAUCAAGCCCGAGCGGCUUUGAAUGCUCAUGACAUCGGUACUUUUAGGACUAGGGCCUCGGCUGCCUUGGACGGACCGGAUACUUGUGAGGAUAGUUUUGAAGGACCUCCAGCAGAACCAAAGCAGCUACGAGAUGCGAAUAACAAGUUGGAAGGCCUUUGCAGUAUCAUUUUAGCUAUUGGAGCCCGUUUGGAGUCUGGAGGAUUAUACUAGUUUAGUUCUCAAAUUAUGUGAGAAUUGCGGUCGCAACAGUAUGCCAGAGAGUUACCAUUUCUUAGUGUUAUGGUGAUCAAUAGAAAACAAUUUCUUAGCGUUA